AGGAACACACGUGACAUGUGUGUCGGUUUUGUAACGCUGUAGAGUUGACGAGGCUGCCCAGCCGACACUCAUUCAAAAAGUGAAGUUAACCACGACGAUAUCACAAUGCUUAUUCCAAAUGGACGAUUCCGAAUUUGUACAUUGGCGUUCACUGCCGCUAGGAUGUUUACGACUGGUCCAAACCCAGUCGUUUACUUUGACAUUGCUGCAGACAACCAACCUCUUGGAAGAGUAACCUUUGAGUUGCGAGCUGACGUGGUACCAAAAACAGCAGAAAACUUCCGUGCCCUGUGCACAGGAGAGAAAGGAUUCGGUUACAAGGGAUCAAUAUUCCACCGGGUCAUCCCCCAGUUCAUGUGCCAGGGAGGAGACUUUACCAACCACAAUGGCACCGGAGGGAAGUCCAUAUAUGGAAGGACAUUUCCAGAUGAGAACUUCAAGCUGACACAUACUGCCGCUGGGAUCUUGUCCAUGGCCAACGCAGGGCCCCACACAAAUGGCUCUCAAUUCUUCAUCUGCACAGCCAAGACAGAGUGGCUGGAUGGCAAGCAUGUUGUGUUUGGCAGUGUGAAGGAGGGCAUCGAGGUAGUGCAGAAAGUGGAGGCCCUGGGCUCGCGCUCUGGGCGCACCGCCAAGCGGAUCACCAUCACCGACUGCGGCGAGCUCAAGUAGACCCCCGGUGCUCUGGCACCCCAAAACCCCCU